AUGGCCAGAUUCCAGCACCUGGAGGUCUUCUUGGCUUUGAUACCCCUCCUCGGCUUCAUCUCAGGCGCUUUGAGGUGGAACAGCGCUAUUGUCUUCGUCUUGAACAUCCUCUCACUGGCUCCGCUUGGAUCAUGGAUCAAUCGCUCAAUCGAUACGCUGACCAUCAGCGGAUGGCGCACGGUCAACGAGAUACUGAAAUCAACACUGGGGAACACAGUUGAGCUCAUGAUUGGCGCCAAUGCGAUUGUACAACGGCAACCACAUAUCUGUCAGUCAGUGAUACUUGGCAGUGUCCUCAGCAAUUUGCUACUGGUCCUCGGCGGCACCAUCUUUUUCUCGGGCUAUGAUCAAAAGAGACUCCGAUUCGAUCGCGCCCUCACAACGGUCCUUUCAUCCCUCAUGAUGGUCGUAUUCAUUCUCCUCGCACUGCCGACCAUAACAGAAAUCUUCUCAUCCGCCAAAGCCACACCGGCAGACCAAAUCCUGUUCAUGCAACGCAUCACCUCCCUAAUCCUUGUUGCCCUACUACUUACCUUUCUCAUAUUUCGCCUCGGCACCCAUGCAACCAUGUUUGCCAGCACCCCAUUUAGUCCGCCAGACCAGAUACAAGGUGGCCAUGACGUGAGCCAGAGCCGAGUUCUCGACGCGCAGAUACCGCGGCCGUAUAUCGGCAAAGCACUUGGGGCGUUUAUUUUAGCAGCUGCGUCUGCAUCUGCGCUUACAUGCACCUACUACGUCGUCAGCAGCUUGAGCGGGUUUUCUGCGAUCGUCGGAACCAACCAAGCUUUUCUUGCCGUUACCCUUAUUCCGCUGUUCGGAAACGCGGUCAAGUAUUACUCCAUUAUCGUGAAUUCACGAUCGCGCCAUCAGGUCGAGCUUGGGAUUAGAGCGGUCAUCAAUGCUGUCUUGCGGGUUACAAUGCUUGUUGCACCAUUGUUGGUUCUCCUUGGUUGGGCUUGUGAUGAGCCCCUCACUCUGAGGUUUGAUCCAUUCGAAGCUACGACGCUUUUGCUAAGCGUUGUGAUCAUGACUUAUUUGAUUUCCGAUGGACGGAGUAACUACUUCGAAGGGUUGAUGUUGAUUGGGACGUAUGCUAUCAUUACUUUCUCGUUCUUUGUUCGACCAGAGCCGCCGGCCAACGUGAUUUUCCUUGGACCUUAG